AUGGGCAGUUACCUGAGCUGGCCUCGCCCCCGGCCGCCGCCCUCCGCUCCGCCCGGCCGGGACCCGCCCGGGAAGCCCGAGAGCCCGGGGCCCGCGCCCGCCGGCCGCUGCGCUAACCGGGUUCACUCGGGGGCCCCGCUCCCGGGCGUGGCCCGCAGGCUGUCGUACGAGGACCUCGUGGCCUCGCCGCGGCGGCGGCGGCAGCACCGGAGGCUGCAGGCCGUGCACCAGCGGCGGUACCCCGCCCGGCAGGCCCGCUGCCUGCUCCUGGGGCUGCUCUCCGCGGCGCCCCGCGGGGCCGCGCCGCCCGGGCUGCCCGCCGGCGGCUCCAGGCUGUUCUGCGCCGCGGGCGUCCUGAGGAUGGCCUCCGCCCGGGGCAAGCCGACCCUCCGCCUGGCGCUGAAGCGCACCGUCGUCUGCAUGUGGUCCUCGCUGUCCGGGCACCUCGCCGCCGGGGGCCGAGGAGGAGAAGGGCCCGACCGCCCCGGGGGCCGGCGGCCCGGGCCGGGGCCGGCGCGGCAGGAGGAAGGGCGCCGGGCCCCCGAGAGGCGGGAGCCUGGGAGGAGGGGCUCCGACGGCGGCGGCGGUGCGCGGUCCGCGUUCCGGCGCCUGGUGGUCAACGGAGUCCCGUGCUCCUUCGUGCCCAGGCCGGGGCCCCUUCGGAGAGAUUUCGGCCCCAGGGCCCCGCACGGCAGCUCGGGGAGCCCGUCCCGGACCAGCCUGCUGAGCUCGUGCAGCAAACGCAAUGCCAUCACCAGCUCCUACAGCUCCACCCGAGGGCUCCCGGCGCCGCAGCGGCUCCCGGGCCGGGCGGCCGCCCUGCCCCACGCGCCCGCGCAGAAAGCCGGCGGGGAGAGCCGCCCGCCCGGCUCCCGCGUCUCGGCGGAACCGCCCGGGAGGGGCGCGCAGGAGAAGGUGGCAGGUGUCGCCGAGGGGCAGAAGCAGGGCGGGCGUUGCUCCCGCGCAGCCGACGACGGCAGGCCCCGCAAGCGCAGGAUUCCGCUGCUGCCCCGGAGGGGAGGCGCCGGGCGGCUCCUGCCCUCGCCCCCGCAGUUAGGCUAUCGGGUCACCGCGGAAGACCUGGACCGAGAGAAGAGAGCGGGGCUGCAGUGGAUCCGCAGGGUCUUGGAAGGUGGAGGAGCAAUUGGCUUGUGCCCAGACUUACCUUGCGUUUUCUGUGGCCCAGCUAAUGGGAAAGCGGCACCACUUCAUGCCUGUGGAUGCGGACUGCCGAUAUCUGUCCUUCAGUCACCUUUACUUCCUGCGUGAUUGCUCCCGAGGCAGCCGAAGGGAGAAGCAGGGAGAAGUCCGCCUGCAG